AUGAUACCCGGACUUCUGAGGUGCGGGGCUUUGGGAGCAGAGACAGCGCGGUGCUGCCCAGUGGCUGUGCGGACUCGGUGCUGGGGACUGGGAGCAGAGGCAGCGCGGCGCUGCCCAGUGGCUGUGCGGACUCGGUGCUGGGGACUGGGAGCAGAGGCAGCGCGGCGCUGCCCAGUGGCUGUGCGGACUCGGUGCUGGGGAUUGGGAGCAGAUGCAGCGCGGCGCUGCCCAGUGAGUGUGCGGACUCGGUGCUGGGGACUGGGAGCAGAGGCAGCGCGGUGCUGCCCAGUGGCUGUGCGGACUCGGUGCUGGGGACUGGGAGCAGAGGCAGCGCGGCGCUGCCCAGUGAGUGUGCGGACUCGGUGCUGGGGACUGGGAGCAGAGGCAGCGCGGCGCUGCCCAGUGGCUGUGCGGACUCGGUGCUGGGGACUGGGAGCAGAGGCAGCGCGGCGCUGCCCAGUGGCUGUGCGGACUCGGUGCUGGGGACUGGGAGCAGAGGCAGCGCGGCGCUGCCCAGUGGCUGUGCGGACUCGGUGCUGGGGACUGGGAGCAGAGGCAGCGCGGCGCUGCCCAGUGGCUGUGCGGACUCGGUGCUGGGGACUGGGAGCAGAGGCAGCGCGGCGCUGCCCAGUGGCUGUGCGGACUCGGUGCUGGGGACUGGGAGCAGAGGCAGCGCGGCGCUGCCCAGUGGCUGUGCGGACUCGGUGCUGGGGAUUGGGAGCAGAUGCAGCGCGGCGCUGCCCAGUGAGUGUGCGGUCUCGGUGCUGGGGACUGGGAGCAGAUGCAGCGCGGUGCUGCCCAGUGGCUGUGCGGUCUCGGUGCUGGGGACUGGGAGCAGAGGCAGCGCGGCGCUGCCCAGUGGCUGUGCGGACUCGGUGCUGGGGACUGGGAGCAAGAGGCAGCGCGGCGCUGACCAGAAAAAAAUGCAACUACUUUGUGCUCCAUAAGAGUGAAAGCAGAUCCGACUGGGAACCAAACAUCAUCUCUAUUCCAGACUUCGCAUCACAAGCAUGUCAAGAGGCACAGAAGGGAUACACCCAUCUGGAACGCAGGAAGGCUCUCCAUCAGUGCCCGUUGAUGUUCAGCCUGAAGUAUGGAUUGGACAAGAACUGCGAAGGCUUGGUGAUGAGUUCAAUUCUCAUUAUCAAACAGCAAGGGCAAGAAAUCACAGACCACCAAAUAACCAGAAUGGAAAUUUUUGGCACUUGGUGGACAUACUGUGCAGGAGAAGGAUCAAUGGUGUGUGAUCAACUCACUCUUCAGUUUUACUACUGAAAGGAAACCCAGCAAAAAAUGUAGCCCUGCCAUUUAAUAACAGACUAAAUGGCUGAAGGUUUCAGCAGUUUCAACCCUUGCUUUUACUUCAGACAGAAAUCGGCUUUUCUUCUCUUGUCUGUAUGUAUAUUUUGACAUUAAAGUACGAUGAAAUGGACAUCAUCUCAGUGGCUGAACCACUGCUAGAGCCCAUCAUUUUGCUGAAGUUCCCUGGUAGACAGCAGUGGAUGUGGAUCUCUCGGCAGGUUAAAAACCUGCAGGACACUUCAGCGGUGGAUUAAUUCUGAACCCUCCCAUUGUGGUCCACAAGUGUUUCCUGCAAUUAUUGGCACCUGAGCCAGAAGAUAUCAAGAGCUGCCUUACGUUUCCCCCAAAACACAAUCAAAUACAAUCUGAAUUGUUUUUGUAACACACCCUUUUUUUAAUAUAAUAGAAAUGAUGUUCAACCCCGCAGCCCUGAGAUGAAUAGAGAUGUACAUGUGUAAGUUAUUUUGAACUGUAUAUUUAUUAGAUGUAGAGCAACUUGUGUUUUUUUUAAGUUUGUUUCCUCCUCUCCUCCUUUUGCUCUGUAAAUCAUUGGCAAACUGAAUCAUAACACACCCUGUCUGCAACUUUUUUUUGUUCCCGUGCUGUUAAUUUUUGCUUGAAGUUAUUUAAUUUCACUUUACUUCUUGCAGUAUUUUCAUAUACUGAACAGGACCCAGUAUAUAUGUAGCGAAUUUUAAGUAAUUCCCCACCUCUUAUCACAUCCCAUCUCUAACUUCCCACAUCUACGAACCCUGAUUUUCUUUUUCCUCCAUUUCAAUCUGAUUUUAUUUCUUUGCACUGAUGUCUAAAGGGGAAUUGACAAUUUUUAACUGUGCAAUACUGCUGUACAUAGCUACAAGGCUUUAUGUACAAAAAUACUUUGUGUCUUUACUUGUGUAAUUUUGAAGUACAGAUUUUUUCUUACAAUAAAUGUGCUAAAAAAUCAAACCAAAGAUCCUUUACCAUUUCAGUUUGGUUAUAAUUCUACCUGUAGUUUAUUAGCUGACUUUUUGGUUAAAACAGCCAGUUACGGAGGGAGUUGGGGAAUAGGUGGGCAGGCAUAUGGCACCAAUGGAACUGAGUCUCUGUCAAAACCAUCAUGAAGUGGCAAGGUACUGAAUGGUUAUUUCAAUAUCAGACAAAAAUGUGUUCUGCUCCAGAGAUACCCGGA